GUCUUCGCUAGCGACCACUUUACGUAUCCGUGGUAGUGACAUUAUUACGCGCGCAGCGUAGUCCUCACCAUUGAAAUAUCAAAACGAAAUUACUAUAGUUCCUGCUUUGAUCGAUAUCAAAAGAAGACAAUGAAUAAAUCGACAUGGAAAUGUAUACUGAGUGCCGGAUCGUCGAAAGUUUUUGGCUUCGGCUUGAAGAUGCUGGAGAUAAAUAUUUUCAGAAACGUGGAGCCGUCCGACACCGCGAUCAAUGAAGUAUUGUUCUAUGGAGCCGGGGACGGGGACGAGAAGCAGGUGAAGCAAAUAGCGCAGAACAAUCUGUAUUGUAUUCGGUUCAUAAUUGUAAACGCCAGUAAGACAGUUGAUGUAUGCGUGCCCAAUCUCAGCAGCGAGACCCUCGCCAAGUGUUUGGUGACAGUCCAUCAAAACAAUAAAGUGAAAAUCAGAAUUGCCAUACACAACAGCGACGAUGACGACUUGGAGAAUCUGCAGUUGUUUGCCAAGAAUGGUGUAGAAGUAAAGGUGCUGAGUCCCGAGGUGCGGCUGGAGCACGAGUUCGUGCUGGUGGACGCGCGUGCGGCGGGCGACGCGGUGGCGGCGCUGGGCGCGCUGGACCUGGAGCCCGACUGUCUGGCCAGCGACGCCACGCUGCUCACCUCCGAGCCCAGCGUGCUGACCGCGCUGCGCCGGGAGUUUGAACGAGUCUGGAACUCUGACUCCGAUAUGACACGUGUGCGCUGCGACUGAUGAUAAUCAUAAUUCAUUCAAUUUCCUUGUGUGUUUGUUGGUAUUAUUGUGUACGUAGUUAGUUUAAGAGUUGAUUAUUCUGAUUUUAUUUAAUGAUUAGUAUACUGUAAUUGUCGGUUAUAUAAAUAAAAGGUA